UACUACUUAGUUAAGCUCAACUUGUUAAAGCUCAUUAAAUGCAUAACACACAUGACUUGCUUCAUAGAUCCUCUUUGGUCCACAGGCAAUUGUCUUAGAAGAGAGGGAAGAGCUCUCGAAUGCAGUGUCACUUGAGGAACUCAAUGGAAUAAUGGCAUACCGAUCUGAGCUAGAAAAUUUGGAUGAAGAUGGAUAUACUCAAUUGCAGUUCAGCUCUAGAGGCAUCACCAGGAGACCUGUGUCCUCAGAGAAAGGACCUUGUGCUGCAUCUCUUCCUUGGCGUUCCAUUGCUAUGACUUUGGGAAUCCUAUGCUUGGUAAUACUGGUGAUAGCUAUAGUCCUGGGUACUAUGGGUAUUUGGAGAUCCAAUUCAGGAAACAACUCAUUGAAGAAUGAGAAUUUUCCAUCAAGAAAUAAAGAGAACCACAAUCAACCCACACAAUCAUCUUUAGAAGAGGCUGUGGAUUAUCCCAAAGCUCUCACAACCACAGGAGUUCUUUCCAGCUCUUGUCCCCCUAACUGGAUUGCACACGAGAAUAGCUGUUACCUAUUUGGCACAUCACUGAAUUCCUGGAAUGAAAGUAAAAGACAGUGCUCACAACUGGACUCUUAUCUCCUGAAGAUAGAUAGUUCAAAAGAAUUGGAAUUUAUAGCAAAGCAAGUGUCUUCCCAACCUGAGAACUCAUUUUGGAUAGGGCUCUCUCGCCCUCAGGCUGAAGGACCAUGGCUCUGGGAGGAUGGCUCAAAGUUCUCUCCUAACUUGUUUCAAAUCAGAAGCACAGCUACCCAGGAAAACUCAUCCCACAAUUGUGUAUGGAUUCACAUGUCAAUAAUUUAUGACCAGCUUUGUAGUGUGCUCUCAUAUGGCAUUUGUGAGAAGAAGUAGUUGAUAUAAUGAUGUGGGUGUUGUCAUGGGGGAGCCGAGUGAAGUAUAUAAGCCUAGAGGCCCAGUGCAUGAAAUCAUGUGCGCGUAGGGUCUCUAGGCCUAGCCUGUGAUCAGGGCCAUCUUUCUCCUGCUCGCCAGUCCCCAGUCCUGCCCUGCCGCCUCCACCCACCCCGAGUCUUGGUUGGCCGGGCGAUCAAUUUGAGCCUGCGGGCUGGGGCAGGGACCAAGAGGUCUGCCUUCUGCCCACUUGCCAGUCUCCAGUCCUGCCCCACUGCCACCCACCCCAGUUCCCCAUUAGCAAUCCAGCAAUCUGAGACUGCGGGCUGGAGGGACGUGGCCAAAGCACUUCAUAGCGACUGGUCAAUCAGUCGUUCUGGUCAUUACACUGUUAUGGUUGCUGGACUUUUAUUAUAUAGGGUAGUAAGGAGGGAAGGAAACAAAACACAAAUGAGAGAUAUUUGAGGUCAAAAUAAAUGCUGGAAAUAUCUAAAGAGCUCAGCCAACCUUAAUCUUAGCUGAGAGACAGGAUGGAAAGAUUGUGAUUUCUGUACAUUAACUCAAUUGGUAGUCCAGUAUUAUGUUCUAAUGGAGCUAGUAUAGCAUAACUUGAAUCUUUAUUCUUCAAUUGACCUGGCAUUUACCUGGGAUUAAUCAGAAUUCCUUGGUGUUUCAGGAGAUCUUAAUUUCUGGCUCUAACAAAGUAAUUCUUAUCCUUAAAAAGUGCCACUGGAGUGUACAUGGGGUGUCUCUGCGAUUUGUUCCUCCACGUUUAGCAGUGCAUCAUCAGACACAGGUCAAAGGCACAAUAUAAUUCUGCAUAGCUAAAUAAAAAAAUCAAAAUAGCUUCACUAUAAUCAGAGCUAUUUUUUAUUUUGUUCAUCAAUAUGAUCAUAAUUGUGACCAAAACUUCCAUAAAAAGUGGGAAUUCUAUCUUUUUUUUCCCUUUUCAAUUAAAUAGCCCAGAAAAUAUGUCUGUCACAUCUCCGAUUAAUAAGAUCGCCUGUAAUGUGUAAUUGUAGGGAAACUGCUCCUAAAAGAAAGCUUUCUCCUUUUUUGGUUGUUUAGUCACAUUUUUAAAAAUUUAAUACUUUUAUUUUUCAAUUAGAGUUGACAAUCAAUAUUAUUUUAUAUUAGUUUCAGGUGUACACCAUGGUGGUUAAAUAUUUAUAUAUUUUACCAAAUGAUCCCACUGGUAAUCCUAUACCCACCUGGAACCAUACAUAGUUAUUAUAAUAUUAUUGACUCUAUUUCCUAUGCUGUACUCUACAUGUCCAGGAUUAUUUUGUAAUUAUCAAAUUGUACUUACUAAUCCUUCACCUUUUUCACCCAGCCCUCCACCCCUCUUUUCAUCUGUCAACUAUCAGACUGUUCUCUGUAUGUAUGAGCCUGUUUCUGUUUUGUUUGUUUAUUUUGUGCUUUUGAUUAAACAUAAACAUAAAAUAAUUUGGUAUUUGUAUUUCUCUGUCUGACUUAUUUCACUUAACAUAAUACCCUCAAGGUCCAUCCCUAUUGUCUCAAAUGGUAAGAUUUCAUUUUUUAUAGCCAAGUAAUAUUCAAUUGCAUAUGUACCACCUCUUUUUAAUCCAAUCAUCUAUUGAUGGACACUUAGGUUGCUUCCAUAUCUUGGUUAUUAUAAAUAAUGCUGCAAUGCACAUAGAGGUGCAUAUACCUUUUGGAAUUAGUGUUUUGGAUUUCUUUGACUAAAUUCCCAGAAGUAGAAUUUUUGGGUCAUAAUGUAGUUUAUUAUUUUUUAAAUAUAUUUUUAUAGAUUUCAGAGAGGAAAGGAAAGGGAGAGAAAGAUAGAAACAUCAAUGAUGAAAGAGAAUCAUUUAUCAGCUGCCUCCUGCAUUCCCCUGACUGGGAAUUGAGCCCCGCAAACCAGGCAUGUGCCCUUGACCGGAAUCAAACCCAGGACGCUUCAGUCCACAGGCCAACACUGUAUCCACUGAGCCAAACCAGCUAGGGCAAGGUAGUUCUAUUUUUAAUUUUUGAGGAAUCUCCAUACUGUUUUCCACAGUGGCUGCACCAAUUUGCAUUCCCACCAACAGUCCCUUCCCUCCACAUCCUCACCAACACUUGUUGUUUGUUGAUUAUUGAUUAUAGCCAUUCUGACAGGUGGUAUCUCAUGGUGGUUUUAAUUUGUAUUUCUCUGGUUAGUGAUUUUGAGCAUCUGUUCAUAUGUCUAUUAGCCAUCUGUAUGUCCUCUUUAGAGAAAUGUGUAUACAGGUCGUCUGCCCAUUUAUUUGUAUUGUUUGCUUUUUUAUUAAGUUGUAUGAGUUCUUUAAAAUUUUUGAUAUUAACCCCUUAUCAUUGGCAAAUAUCUUCUCAGGAUUAGUAAGUUGUCUUUUCAUUUUCUUGAUGUUUGUUUUUGCUGUGCAAAAACUUUUUUAGCUUGAUAUAGUCCCAUUUGCUUAUUCUUUUUUGUUUGUUUCCCUUACCUGUGGAGAUAUAUCAGAAAAUACAUUAUUAAGAGCAAUGUUAUACAGUUUACUGCCUAUAUUUUUUUCUAGGAGUCUUAUGGUUUGGGGAUUUACAUUUAAGUCUUUAAUCCAUUUUGAAUUUUGUCUUUUAUAUGUUGUAAGAACGUGGCCUAAUUUCAUUUUAUAUUUUGCAUGUAUGUGUCCAAUUUUCUCAACACUAUUGAAUAAACUGUCUUUAGUCCAUUGUA